AUGACAACUAUCGACUUGGUUAAAUCUCAACCACUGUCACAUCCUCAACGAUGGGUCGUGAUCUAUCCAGCAUAUCUCGAUAAGAACAAGAAGCCGAAAGAAGGCAGAAGGAUACCAUUGAGCUUAGCCGUCGAAAAUCCGACAUCAGUGGAAAUUCAUGAUGUUUUGGCUGCCACCGGAAUGAAUCCACUACUUGAGAGGAAUAAAAUGUACACACGAGACGGCGAUCGCGAGCCGGAAAAGCAAGGACGCGUUCGAGUGCAAAUUAAGAAUGACGACGGCUCGCCGAAGAAUGGCACCUAUAAAUCAAGGGCCGAUGUUUACAAAUAUGUCGCCGAGAUGAUUCCGAAGCUCAAGACGCGACAGCCUGGAUAUGUUCCGCCGUCGGCAGCCUCAGCGUCGGGAGCUGGAAAGAAAAAUAAGAAGAAGAAGUGGUAG